UCCACGGGGAGGGUUUUCCAGGUGACGCUCGGUCCCUGGUAACCGGCGGCGCCGCGUCUCUAAGGAGACAGGGAGACGGCGGUAGAAGGUGGUGGGAGGAUGGAGAAGCCCCGGGGGCAACUAGAGGCGCCGAGCGAGGCCGCAGCUCAGGAAUCCUGAUGUCUUUGUCGCUUCGCCGGCUCCUGUCAUCCGCCCCCAGUCAGGAUAAUGGGAAAAUUCCAGAGUAAGGUCAAGCGGAACAGCUCCAAAUACAGGGCCGACAGUCAUGUGGAGGAGAGCGCGCCGGGGCAGGCCAUCCAGCAGUACAGCCGGGCCCACAAUGACGCCGUCACCGUCAUCGCUGCUCUGAAAUCGGACCUCUGUGUGUCAGGCGGCAAAGACAAGGCUGUGAUCGUGUCUAACUGGAGGGCGGGCACCGCCCUGAAGAGGUUUGUAGGGCACGAGCGAGAGGUGUCGAAGGUCAGCUGCGUGUUCGGAUCCAACCGUUUAUUCAGUGCCUCUCGGGAUAAGACGGUUCUCAUGUGGGACCUGCACUGUAAAGCCAGCAGCGCUCAGAAGUUCAUGGGACAUCAUUUAAUUGUCACUGGAUUGGCAGUAAGCCCCGAUUGUGCCAAACUGGUGACGGGGUCUCGAGACAACACCCUGUGUAAAUGGGACGUGGAGUCCGGGCAAUGUCUGCUGAAAGCCGCUGUGUCCAGAAAUCUGGUAACUCACCUGUGCUGGGUUCCCGGAGAGUCCUACGUCGUCCAGACCUCUGAGGAUAAAAGCACCCGUGUCUGGGACACCCGUGACCUGCAGGUGGCGCACACGUUCCCUGUGAAGCAGUACAUUCAGAUGCACUGCGAUGUCAGUGAAGAUGGCCAUUACUGUGUGACCAGCAGCAAUGGAUUCGGUGGACAGGGCUGUGAAGCCACGCUGUGGGACCUCCGCCAGACGAAAGACAUAGUGUGUGAAUAUAAGGGGCACCUACAAAGCACCACGUCCUGCAUUUUCCUUCCGAAGGGAAUGUCGGACACCCCGCUAGUGGCCACCACAUCCCAUGACUGCACUGUGAAGGUUUGGGAGCGGGAUACUGCUGCGUGUCUGAGCAGCCUGUUCCUGGACGGCUCGGGGCCCCUUUCGUCUUUGGCAGUUUGCGAUAACACAUCCAUCCUGUGUGCCAGCUUCAACUCAGGAAUUCAAUCUCUGCGCAUAGACUGCAGCAGGGGCGCCUCGCUGCGACAGGUGGCAAAGUUCUAACUGUGGUGCUACCCCCCCCCCCCUCUCCGCCCCCAAGCACUUCUGCAGACUGACGGGGAACACACAAGACUAUGGCACUCCUGUGCGGCCCUGCUCAGUGGGGCCCUGGGUUCAAACCUGGCAUUGGGCAGCGUCUGCAUGGAGCUUGUCCUCUAUGAGCCACCGUACUUACCCUUAUAGAGAUGUAGCACUGCCUGUCCGUGACCCGUCCGCACACUUGAAGCUCUUUCCAUUAGUAACCGCGCACUUGAUCGAUUUGUACAGUCGCUUGUCCAAAAAGCUUGUGAAAUAUUUUUUGUAGAAUUUUCUUUUUAUAUGUUUGUGUAUGUGGAUUACUACUGUGUAUUUUCUAGAAAUGAUCAAUUGUUCUAUCAGACGGGACACAACGCCUAGACGCCGAGGCGGCCAUCGAAGCACUGGAGCUGACUAGAUCAGGGGCUGCCCGGCACCUCUGUGGCUGCUUAUAUUCUGGGUAAAAUAGGACAAAAAGAAUCCGCCCCCCGUCUCGGCGCGCGCCAGCGUGCUGUCUAUGCGCCAAAAUAGUUUCCGAAGAUGGAUUGUUCGUCUCCUGUUUUAUUGUACUCCCAAGAUCAUCAGCGGCUCCAGGGUUCACAGGCAGCCACUGAUCUCUAUGGGGCAGCGUUAUCAAUGUAGAAUACAUUUUUAGACCCUGUAAAGGUGAAAUGUCUGAAUCCAUGAAGGUGUCUGGUAAGUUUUAGUAUCCUUAGGGUAUGUGCACAAUCGCGCAUAUUCCAUUCGGGAUAAACGGCAUCUGUCAGCAGUUUUGUCCCUAUGA